ACAGCUACUAAACAACUUCAAAUCGACAUACGAGUACCAUUCUUACACGAAGAAGCCUACAAGAGCAUCUCUAGCACCGACUGAUCCUCUUGGCUGCACGACAACCACGCGCCGCACGCGUUCCGCCACCAGCGAUAGCACCCGCCCCCACUGAAUUCUUCGAGAUAUAUAGCUUUGCAGACACCCACACGUUGCGCCCAUUGUCCCAAUAUCUCUACAUUCGCUUCUCAAAAUACCCUUGCGUGCGCUCAUAGCGCAGAGCCGUCACCAUGAGCGCUGGCGGUAGCGACCUCGACAAGGCCAUUCAGCAGCUCCGUGCAUGUCGUCCUAUUCCCGAGAACCAAGUGCGAGAGCUAUGUUAUAAAGCACGUGAGUUGCUAAUUGAAGAGGGCAACGUAGUGGCAGUUGAUGCGCCAGUUACGAUAUGCGGUGAUAUCCACGGACAGUUUCACGAUCUCAUGGAGUUAUUCCGUGUUGGUGGAGAUGUCCCAGACACAAACUAUCUCUUCAUGGGUGACUUUGUCGACCGCGGCUUUUACUCCCUCGAAUCCUUCCUCCUGCUUCUAUGCCUCAAAGUCCGACAUCCAGAUCGAAUAACGCUCAUUAGAGGCAACCAUGAAUCAAGACAAAUAACUACAGUUUAUGGUUUCUAUGAUGAGUGCCUGCGGAAAUAUGGAAGCGCAAACGUCUGGAGAUACUGCUGUGAAGUCUUCGACUACCUCGCUCUUGGAGCUCUAGUCCAAGGCGCUGCGACGUCCCUCCAAGCCACCGAUGGACCCAUUGCAGAGUCCAGCAACGCGGAAAACAUGCCCGACAUUGACCAGGAUAUCGAGAUUGAGACUUUGAACGCAAGCGGCGAGGUCAUGUACCGCUAUGCUCGCAACUCAGACUCCCACUCGAGCGCUGCGUCGCAAAUGAGCGGGAACUUGGGUUCAUCGUCGCCCGUCUCUCAAACCCCCGGACGCGUUGGCCCGGCAGGCACAGGCGCAACGUCCUCGGCCAAUGGUUCGGCGCGCAACGAUACAGGUGCUAUCCUCUGUGUACACGGCGGUCUGUCGCCCCUCGUUGACUCGGUCGAUAAGAUCCGACUACUUGACCGAAAGCAGGAAGUGCCCCACGAGGGGGCCAUGUGCGACCUUCUUUGGUCUGAUCCUGACGAGAUAGAUGGUUGGGGUCUAUCACCGCGUGGUGCAGGUUUCUUGUUUGGCGCAGACAUCGUCAAGACAUUUAACCACAAGAACGACCUUAGUCUUAUCGCAAGAGCCCACCAACUUGUCAUGGAGGGAUUCAAGGAGAUGUUUGACUCAACCAUUGUAACGGUUUGGUCAGCACCCAACUACUGCUACCGUUGCGGUAAUGUAGCUGCCAUCCUUGAGCUAGGCGAGGACGGUUCCAACGCCGGCUACCAGAGGAGAUCAAACGGAGAUAGAGGUGGCGGUGGCGGAGGCUGGGUUCUCGGCUCCAAUGCUGGGCCCAAUGGCGAGAGGCGCUUAAGCAAUAUGCUCAACGACAACUUCCAGAAGAACAGAGAUGGCCCAGGACGAAGAUACCGCGUUUUUGAAGCCGCGCCCCAAGACUCGAGAGGUAUGCCGGCAAAGAAGCCCGUCGCGGAUUACUUCCUCUAGGACGGGCAAGAAAUGGAUACUGCCGUGGAGAAGGCACAAAUCAGGGACUUGGGGUUGAUGGGUGGCCUACUCGCAAACGACGUUGUGCACAGGUCGCACAAUGCGGCCGCUGAGUAUUUUCUGUAAUAGAAGAACCAGGGGCGUCUGGAGUUUUAUUGUAGCGCAAUUGGAUUAGUCGUAUCAGGGCGCCUUGUAGUGGAUCAAAAGAAGUAGGCAUUGUCGUUAUGGAUACCCGAAUCAAUGAAAUGAACGGAUCAUCAGUCUUU